ACAAAAGUUUGUACUAAAGAAUGAUUUCUCCAUGAUACUAUUCCUAAUCCCUACCACUUGUAAGAACUUUUACCGGAACUUCCCAUACAUCCAACCCAGAUCCUUCUCCUUAGUUCCUCUUCUUUCUCCAUUCUUCCCUUUCACUCUCUCCUCUUCUACCACCAUUUCACAAUCUAACACCAAUGCCUCUCAAAGUUUCAUUCUUUUCACUUACAUUCCUCUUCUUUCUUCUUCUUUCCUCUGUCUUCUCUUCCUCUCUUCCCAAUCUUUUCCCUUCAUCUAUUCAACCAUUCCAUGUCGCCUCCUCCCCACCAGCCACAAUCCCUGCAUUCCCCCAACAGUCCAAUCUAGCCGGCUGUCCACUUAACCUCCCUGAAGAGCUUUUCCACAGCGUGAAGAGUGCAUGUGGAGUUGCCAAACCUGGUGAAGCAACUGGGCAGCUUCACCGAAGCCGGUGCUGUCCGGUUUUAGCUUCAUGGCUCUACGCCGCCUAUUCUGCCAGCGCGUUGAGCAGCGGCCGAAGUGUGAGCCCCGCCGCUGUGGGUCACUCUCCAACUUCUGUGGACUUGCCUCUGCUGCCUGACGACUCUGAAACUUGCGUGGAUGAUCUUGGAAAAGCUCUGAAACAAAGAGGAAUAGAACUCGCUAAGCCUAAUGAAACUUGUGAUCUGGUGUAUUGUUACUGUGGCAUUAGAUUGCACCCUCUGAACUGCCCUGAAGCCUUCUCUUUGAACCAGAAAGGGAAGCUUUCUGGGAACAAAAAUGUGAAGAGAUUAGAGAGAGAUUGCUUGAGUAGCAGCUCCGAUGUCAAUGGAUUUCCAGGCCUUGGUGGCUGCAACAAAUGCUUACACUCUCUUCAUAAGCUUAACAACCAGGCUUCCAAUGCCACCAAAUUGGAUGAAAGGACUAUCAGAAUACACAACAAAAAUUGUCAACUCAUGGGCCUCACUUGGCUGCUUGCCAAGAACCGAACAGCCUACAUUCACACCGUUUCUGCCGUCAUCCGCGCCAUGAUGAUGAGCACUGAUGGGUUGGAUCCUCAAUCUUGCACUCUUAGCAGCGAUGGAAAGCCUCUUGCCGUUGAUUCGUCUGAUAUUUCGAGUCAGUCUUUGUCAAUCACUCUUUGGGUUCCCUUGUAUCUGUUGCUUUUAUCACCAUGUUUGUCAUGUAUGUUCCUUACUGGUUUUAGCAACAAGUUGUAAGGUUUGAUGAUGCUCUCACAUUGUAAUUUGUCAUGUUAAUGUGGCAAGUUGGUUUAUUUUUGGAUGUGAAUUUAAGGGUUGAAAGCUGAAAGUUGAAGGCAGAUAGGAAAGAGAAUGAAAAGUGAGGUGGAGCAGAGUAACAUGGAGCUUAAAAAGAUUGGUUUGUCAUGGAGAGAGAAAUUUAGGCAAAUGGGCAAUUGUUUGGUGGAAUGGAAUCAUCUGAAUGUCAACAUGUCCUACUCCUCUUGUAUGGAUUAUAUGCAGUGAAGAUAAAAUUGAUGACA